AUGGCGCCAGUGCUACAACCUACCGUGGAGGACCGAAACUCAUCGGACACCUCGUCUUCAUCGCUCAAGAGUCCGAGGACGGCUCGCUUUGCGGAGGCAACGGCGGUUUAUUCCCCGACUGGUCCUGCAGACACGCGCAGUUCCCCGUUUGCCGAUCCCUCCAACCAGGCCCAGGCACCUCCAGACGUGUCUGAUGUAGGGUUUGGAUAUGUUGCGGCAAACGAUCCUGCACAGCAUGCAUCACACCAGGUCCCACCAGCCUCACCCCUGAAGAGUGCCUUGAAGGUCCCAGGAACACCCGGACGCACGCUCAACCCACUCAGCCCAACCUUUCGGGAAGAGUUCUACGUCGAGAAGCAAGAGAGGUCGGCGGAUAAAGAGAACGCUAGAGACCUGCGCAUUAAACUCCGGGUGCGAGUUGCGAAAAUCUUCCUUCGCUUUGUGAACUUCUCGUGCAGUCUGAUUGUUCUUACCAUCCUGGCAACUACUCUGACCAUAUUUCACGCCACAAAGUCCUUGCCAUCGCGCAGUGGCUUCCCGGCUUGGGCCAACGGCACAAAUCCGUGGACACAGUACCUGCUUCUGUCGGUGGCUUGCGUGUCGCUGCUGGCAUGUCUGGUCGUGUUCUGGGGCUAUUGGAAGGGCGGCCACAAACGUGCUGAGAAAGUCGCUGUGUACUACUCAAUCUUUUCGGUCUGUUUCUUCACUUUCAGUCUGAUCAUGUGGGUCGUUGCAGCUGCGCUCUACCAGAACGACAAAGCCACCGGCAACGGCCAGGACCUGUGGGGUUGGUCUUGCAAGAAGAACACUCGGGAGGAAUUAUUCCACAGCGAUAUUGAUUAUGCUCUUCUUUGCCGUCUCCAGGAUUGGGGACUGGUGUGCGCCAUCAUCGAAAUAGUUCUCGAAGUUCUGAUUAUCCUGAUCUAUGCAGUGGUAUUUUAUCGUUUCUGGACCAAGCGACGGCUUGCCAAGUCAAUGGAUCGUCGCGACAAGGCUAGAUCCGACUUGUAUCUGGCCCAGCUUCGCCUCCAGUCUGCGCCAAACACUCCUGGCUUUCCUCACACCGCAAAGACCCCCCUUGUAUCUACCUCGAUCCCCCAGGACCCUUAUUCUGCGGCGGAAAAUGGAGAAUCGUGCUCAACCCAAUUUGCUACGCCUAGAUCCCCAACCCGGCCGCAACCCACGUUUCAGCUGCAGCCGCCCCCAGUUCGCGUGCAGCAUGCAACUCCCAAAUCUGCACAGGAGGAGUUCCCCGCCCCUCCUGCUGCGGCUGCGUCAAUACAGGGUCCUCCCCAACAUAUGGGUGCUGCUCCCGGUGAGAGGACUUACGAAGCCGUCCCAAUCCCAGGCGCCUAUGCAAGUCCGAUGAGCCCUGGAUUUCCUCAUGGACCACAACAAUAA